AUGUUGUUUAAUUUUCAUCAACUGUGGAAGCCAGUUUUGGUUAUGAUUAUAGUGAACAUAGCUUUAUCCAUUGUCAAUGUAUUUUUGAAGAAAGUUUUAAUGGAAGGAAUGGAUCAUUUAACUAUUUUAACAUAUCGACAAGCAAUUGCAUCCAUUUUCUUAGCACCUAUUGCUUGCAUCUUUGAAAGGGAAAGCAAGAUUGAUGGCCAUAUAAUAUGUCUCCUUUUCUUUAGUGCUCUUGUAGGAGUAACACUCACACAAUGUCUCUAUCUUGUGGGACUUGAAUAUACAUCAGCAACUUUCUCAUGUGCAUUUCUCAAUACAGUGCCUGUAUUCACAUUCAUUAUGGCUCUCCCUUUGGGGAUGGAGAAAGUGAGCAUGAAAAGCAAGAGUGGCAAAGCUAAAGUGUUAGGAACUUUUGUGUGUAUUGGUGGAGCUUUGAUAUUGAUCCUUUACAAAGGAAUGCCCUUAAUCAACCCACAAUCUCAUCCCAUAUCUCACAAACUCACAACACCAACAUCAGCCUCAAAUUUAAAGAAAUCGAUUAUAGGUUCAAUAUUUCUGACUGCAAGCUGCAUCUUCUUUUCCUCAUGGUUUCUUAUACAAGAAAAGGUUGGUAAAAAGUAUCCAUAUCAAUACUCUAGCACAGCCAUUUUGUCAUUCUUUGCUACCAUUCAAUCCGCAAUAUUAAACUUGAUCAUCCAUCGAAACAACGCCAAAUGGAUUCUCAAAGGAAAGCUACAGAUAAUGACUGUUAUAUAUUCCGGGUUGGUGGGAUCUGGCUUAUGCUAUGCGGCAAUGGCAUGGUGUGUCAAACAAAAGGGUCCGGUAUUCACUGCAGCAUUUACACCACUUUUACAGAUGUUGGUGGCUGUGCUUGAUCUUUGUAUAUUACAAGAGGAAAUUUAUCUAGGAAGUGUUGUAGGAUCAGUGUUGGUUAUUUCUGGCAUGUAUAUGCUCCUAUGGGGUAAAAGUAAAGAGAGAGAACAGUCUGGCUUGAAGGACGUUCAAGAAAGUCAAAAGGAUGAAGAAUGUCACUAA